UUCCAGUUUCCGGUUCCGGGUCAACUGUCUCCUUCACAAACAGUGAAAAUGUUGACCCGACUUUCACGGCUCGGGCCCGCGCUGCCCCGGUUACUCUCCCAUCCACCGGCCCGGUUCGUCUCCCAGUCAAAACCGACCGGUGCCGCUGGUUCGACCGCCGUGACGGAGCUGCACCCCGCUGCGGGCAGCGCUGGACACGGUGAGGUCAGCGAGUAUGUCAAGAAUCCAGACUACCAUGGCUUCUCCAGUGAUCCUGUGGUGGAUGAUUGGAACAUGAAGGUCGGCUUCUUCUUUGGCAUCUCAGUGGCUCUUGUUAUCGGAGCAACGUUUAUCCACUAUUUACCAGACCACGGAAUGCGGCAGUGGGCCAGAAGGGAGGCGGAGCUUGUGAUCCAGCAGAGAGAGAGGGAGGGUCUUCCUCUCAUAGCGGAGAACUACUACGACCCAAACAAGAUUGUUCUGCCCUCAGCUGGAGAGGAGUAGGAUGUCCAACAUCCACUGACUGUAUUUCAUGAUUAUUGUAUUCAAAUAUAAUAGAAUAAACAAUGUACGUGUUAAUUGUGUAA